AUUUUUAUAUCUAGAGGCAUUCGGCAACUGUAGUGGCGCAUCGUUCUCAAUUAAAAGUAGACAAAUCAAAUAUUUAUACUCAGUGUACAGUGUACUGUGUAGUGAUGCACUACUCACUCGGACAGAGCUUGACGGCAGUAUUUGUAAUAUAAUAAUGGAACAAUUUUAAUUAAUUUAACAACUCAAUCAAACGUACAAUUUUUUUUUGUUAAUUAAUAUAAAAAUAGAUAUUACCUAUAUAACAAACAGUUUACACAUAUCAUGUUUUUAAUGGCUAAAUUUAUGAAACUGGUGGUGGUGCUCUUGGUUUUUGUAGUAUUGUGUUUUUUCACUUCAGGAUACGAUGCUCAUCAAUUGGAUUUAUAUGAAGGAGAUAUAUGCCUAAAAGGAGAUGGUGAUAGGUCGACCGACUCUGUAUGCAAACGUCUCGAACACUGUGUUGUAGCCAAACAACAGAUCAAACAACACAUCAUACCCAAGUUGUGUUCGUUCAUCAAAUCACAGCCAGUCGUAUGUUGUCCACCUCAAAACAACGAGAUCAGACCGCCAGAAAAACCUCCGGCCAACCAGCCCGAGAUCAAAUCAUAUUCUGCUGUCGAGAAGUGCCAUCAAUACUCGGAACUCAUUUACAGCUACAUAAAGAAUCCAACAUUGGUAUCACAAUCGAACAACAAAUAUAUUAAAGUGAAAAACUGUUACGACGUACAAACGUUAAUUGUAGGGGGUACAAAAGCUGAACCCAAGGAAUUUCCACACAUGGCGUUGGUAGGAUUUGGGAACACAAUCGAGGAAGUCAGGUGGGCUUGCGGAGGUUCAUUGAUAAGUAACAUUUGGAUACUGUCGGCAGCACAUUGUGAAAAAGGAAACAAGUUAUUCGCGCGAUGGGUCCGACUUGGCGAUCUCAAUAUAGAUACGGACACCGACAACGCCAGACCUAGCAAUUAUGAAAUUGUGAAACGCGUGAUACAUCCAAACUAUCAACCUCCUUCAUUGUACAAUGACAUAGCGUUAUUCCGUUUAAACAAAAAUGUUGAAUUUUCAUCAUACGUUCGGCCUCUUUGCCUUAAUAUAGACAGAUCGUUGACACCUACCCGCGCAGUGGCUACUGGCUGGGGUCAAAUUCAGAGCGGCGGACCAACCAGUUCUGAUCUACUAAAAGUAGUCUUAAAUAAUAUACCGUCGAGUCAGUGCAACGUCAGUUAUUCGUCUAGCGUCGGCCAUCAAUUGGCGUUUGGAAUAUUAGAAGAAAGUCAGAUAUGUGCAGGUCAUGUAGACGGUGGAAUAGACACUUGUGGGGGUGAUUCUGGAGGUCCUAUUCAAAUAAAAAAUACAAAAUACCCGUGCAUGUACACUCAAGUGGGAAUUACUUCGUUUGGAAAGAUUUGUGGCGAUAAAGACGCACCUGGUGUUUAUACUAAGGUGGCUAAAUACAUCUCGUGGAUUGAAAAAAUUGUAUGGCCGAAAGAUAUUAAUGCUACUGCAAAACAUUAAUAUUUUAUUUCACAUUAAAAAAAUAAAAUUAUAUACUUAUAAUGUGUACGUACAAACUAAAAAUGAUCUACUUAUAUUUGUUUUAUUGAUAUCUUUAAAAAAAAAAAAAUAUAUAUAUAUAUAUGUAUAUAUAUAACAUGAAUAAUAUAUUUACCUAGAAUGUUAUUUUUGUAUAAUGAAAUAAAUAUACAUACUUAAACAGCAAAAAUGUAAAACAAAAA